ACAUUUCUCACCGUCAUUUCAAUUUGGGGAUCAAGAUUUUGGCACUUUAUAUAUGAAGCUUUUGUCUAUAGAAAUUCCCUUUUUGCUUAAUGAAGAGUUAAGCUUCUUGACUUAUCUUCUUCCAAACUUCUCUUGGGUCUGGUGAUUGAGGAGGGAAGACCUCAGAUUUACCUUCAUGGGGUCGUGUUUUAGUUCAGGAACUAAAACCCAAACUGAUCCUCAAUUUGAGGUGAAUUGUAAAUGCAUUGGCAAAGGUGAGAAUGAUAUGAGCAAGUGUAGUAGCAAGGUCUCAUCUUCUAUUCCCAGAACAGAAGGUGAGAUCUUGCAGUCACCCAAUUUGGAGAUCUUUGGUUUUAGUGAACUAAAAGAAGCCACAAGCAACUUCUGUCAAGAUUUUGUGCUGGGAAAAGAUGAUGUUGGUUUGGUCUUCAAAGGGUGGAUUGAUGAGCAUUCACUAAAACCUGUGAGGCCUGAGACAGGCAUGCCUAUUGCUGUAAAGAGACUUGAACAAAAGGGUAGCCGAGGUCGACAAGAAUUGUUGGCAGAAAUCAGAUACAUGGGGCAACUACAUCAUCCAAAUCUUUUGAAAUUGAUCGGUUACUGCUUAGAGGAUGACAUCCAACUUCUGGUUUAUGAGUUUGUGCCCAAUGGCAACUUGGAAAAUCAUAUAUUUGGAAGAGCAGGGGAUUCUCACUUUCAACCUCUCUCUUGGGAUCUCUGUAUGAAAGUUGCCCUUGGUGCUGCAAAAGGUCUAGCAUUUCUACAUUAUGAGGCAGAUGUAAUAUACAGAGACUUUAAGACUUCUAAUAUCCUGCUUGAUUCGAAUUAUAAUGCCAAACUCUCUGAUUUGGGAUUGGCCAAGGAUGGGCCAAUUGGUUAUAGUUCCCAUGUCUCAACAAGGUUCUUGGGUACUGAAGGUUAUGCUGCACCUGAAUAUAUCAGAACAGGUCAUCUUACUGCAAAAUGUGAUGUAUAUGGUUUCGGAGUUGUUCUCCUCGAAAUGUUAUCCCGCAGGCGAGCUAUAGACAGAGACAAGCCAUAUGAAGAGCAAAAUUUAGCCAUGUGGGCAAAGAGCACUAUGAACAUGCGCAAAUUUUCCCAGGUUCUGAAUCCUGCCAUUUUAGGCCAGUACUCAAGAAGCAGUGCGCUAAAAGUAGCUCAACUUGCAUAUCAAUGUGUGUCAGAUGAACCAAAGUUUCGGCCAAAAAUGAAAGAUGUAAUAAAAAUUCUAGAAGAACUUCAGAAAUCUAAUGUCAAUGAGAAAUGCAAAGGCUUUGAACAUGGUAAAUCAAGCAAUGGUUCUAACUAUGGCAGAAAAAAACUCAGAUGAAGAUUGCAAGAACUAGAAAGUUGUCAGAUUCUAAGGAACCAUCUGCUUUUUUUUUUUUCUUUUCAUAUAUAAAAUAGCAUAAAGAAUAUUUGAUACAUUUUGCAAUAUUUGUAUUGAUCUGAGGAAAAUUAGAUAUUUCGAUGAACAAAAGCCAAGCCAUGUUGCUAGAGGCAGUCAUACAAGAUGGUUCAAUUAAUUGUAUCAUUGAUUUAGUGCAAAUUUAUUAAUUCUGUUACUUGUUAUGGAA